AUGGCUCCUGUGAGACAGCAUUCAAUUGAUGGAAGCGACAUCAGCCCUCGCGCAGUUGACGUUGAGGCCCAGGCAAGCGGUGAUGCCUUCAGACUAGAGCCAUUCCCGUCCGCGUCGCCGAGCUCUGCCAGACAUCCCUUCGGCCUCGAGACGCAAGGCAGCAUCAGAAGACGCAGCCGUCGCUCUACUACCGCUCGCCCUUAUUAUCCUGAGAUACACUCUCCAAAUUGGCACCCUGGCGAAGAACCCGGAAUCGAUCCUGCGGACCCGAGCCUUCCUACCGCUUUCGCCGACGAGGGGACCUUGCUACAGGAGCAGUUAUAUCAACGAUGUGAUAUUACGGUGGUGGAUUUCUCCCAGGAAGCUAUGCGCAUGUAUCACUUGGAUAACGCGACAUUAGUGUCCUUCCUCGAGAGAGAGAGAGAGCCAUGGGUCCAAUGCCGCUGGAUAAAUGUGAACGGAUUAAGCUGGGAUGUUGUCCGGUUGUUGGCGAACCACAAAGGCCUUCACAGGCUAGCAGUGGAGGAUCUUAUGCACUCUGUCAACCGGACGAAGGUAGAUUGGUUCUCUGACCACACCUUCAUUGUGCUUGCAAUGCAAAAGUUGAUCAAGCAAAGCUCCGGCGGUAGCCCCGAAGAUUCGGAGGCAGAGAGUGAAGCUGAAGAAGGCGACACGGGAGAGGAUGCGGACGAUUCAAAGCCGCCCAGCCGCCAUUCCAAAACUAAGAAUCGGGGAGUUAUAAUGACGGCAUUGAUGGAUUUAUUCAUACCCAAAUAUCAGCAGAGGCGGCAGGGACUACGUGGUGAAAAACGGUCGACCUUGAAUCAACCGCAUGAGGUGCCGGCCAGCCAGCCACGAGCCAUUCGGUCUCUACAGCGUUUUAGAGGAGGCCCAAACGAAGACCGUAUCGAUUUUAUGGAACGCCAUGCUGUACUCAGUUCUAAGGGCCUCAGUGUCGGCAUUGAACAAGUCUCCCUCUUCCUCCACUCAGAUAACUCUGUGACAUCCUUCUUCGAGGCCAGUGCAGACGAUAUCGAGCCUCCAAUAAUCCAGCGAUUAAGAUCUCCAGGUACCAUUUUGCGACAGAGCUGCGACGCAAGUAUGAUCUUGCAGGCCAUAAUCGAUGCUAUCACCGAUCUGGCUAUUCCUGUAACAAUGGCGUAUCAGGAUGCGAUUGGAGACCUAGAGGUCCAGGUUCUUACCGACCCUGAUAUCAAACAGUCGAGUAGCCUCUACAUUCUUACCUCUGAAAUUUCUGUACUUCGAAAUGCCAUCCAACCCAUCAUCGGGGUUAUCAAUUCGCUAAGGGACCACAAGUCAGCUACCAACAACCGCCCACAGUUGGGAUUUAAGACUGCAUCGUCUCCUUGUUUACAUACCAACAACUCAGACUCUGCUCCUAGCUCUCGGGUUACUUCACACCCAGAGACGGAAGGUGUUAAAAUGCCUUCAACUGUGACGAUUAGUCCGAUGUGCCAGACUUACCUAGGUGAUGUCCUCGAUCAUUGUAUCACCAUUAACGAAGGCUAUGAUCAAAUGCGGCGUUCGGCAGAUAAUAUGAUUGACCUGAUAUUUAACACAAUUGGAGCCUAUCAAAAUGAAAGUAUAACACAGCUAUCACUUGUGACAUGCAUGUUUCUGCCACUGACUUUCCUUUCUGGAUAUUUUGGAAUGAACUUCAAGUCUUUCUCAAGCAUCGAGGUAUAUAGUGAUGCCUUUUUCUGGGCCAUUGCUAUCCCGUUCGUAUUCGUGGUGAUGGUUAUCUUGAUGCGCGAGAUGAUCAAACGCUACUUGAUGAAGCUGGCAAACAAGAGGUUAAUCUGGAGCUCUAGGCGGAGGCGAAGGCCCGCACGUCAGCGACCCCACGCCAGCUGA